CGCCGGGCGCGGGCGCACGCGCCGCAGACGCGCGGGGCGCUGGGUGUGCUCGGGGUGCGCGCUCCGCCUGCAGCGCCGCCUGCUCCCGGCGUCGGAUCCUGCGCGGCCGUGGGCAGAGUCCGCCAGCCCCGGACCCGCGCCCCGCACCCGGACGGUCCCGAGCCAUGGGGGUGUUGAUGUCCAAGCGGCAGACUGUGGAGCAGGUGCAGAAAGUGAGCCUGGCUGUGUCUGCCUUCAAGGAUGGGCUGCGGGACAGGCCUUCCAUCCGACGUACAGCUGAGCUACCACAGUCUCGCCGUGGUACUGUAGAGGGUUCUGUCCAGGAGGUGCAAGAGGAGAAAGAACCAGAUGCAGGCACCCCAGUGACCCAGGAAGAGAGCAGUGUCCACCGCGCAGCCUGGGAACGGCUUCGAGACGGGCGUGGAGUAGAGCCCGAAGAGUUCGACAAGACCAGUCGAUUCACACCGCCUGCCUUCAUCCGCCCCACCCGGAAGCUGGACGACGACAAGCCUCUAGAAAUCCUCUUGGAGCCCCGAGAACCCGUUGUCAACGAUGAGAUGUGCGACAUCUGUGAGGUCUGGACAGCCGAGAGCCUCUUCCCAUGCAGGGUCUGUACCAGGGUUUUCCAUGACGGCUGCCUGCGCCGCAUGGGCUACCUCCAAGAAGAUGGUUCAGCAGCAGUGAUGGAGAUGGCCCACACGGAGACAGGCUGGAGCUGCCACUACUGCGACAAUCUCAACUUGCUGCUUACUGAGGAGGAAAUGUACAGUCUCUCAGAGACCUUCCAGCAGUGUAAAGUCAUCCCUGAUUGCUCCCUGACACUGGAGGACUUCGUGCGCUACCGCCACCAAGCAGCAAAGCGGGGCGAGCGUAACAGAGCCUUGAGUGAUGAGCAGGAGGAGCAGGCAGCUCGCCAGUUUGCAGCCCUAGACCCUGAACACCAAGGCCAUGUAGAGUGGCCUGACUUCCUGUCCCACGAGUCCCUCCUACUUCUGCAGCAGCUGCGCCCUCAGAACUCUCUGUUGAGGCUUUUGACAGUCAAGGAGCGAGAACGAGCCCGAGCUGCCUUCCUGGCGUUGGGCAGUGGGAACGCCAUCAGUGAAGCACAGUGUCGCCAAGCCCAGCACUCUUGGUUCUGCAAACACCCCGCAGAGCCUGCUUCCUGCAACGUCAGCAGCAUCAGCCACGUCGGUCCUAUAGCAGACAGAAGCCCAGCCAGCAGCGGCAGCCGGAGUCAGGAUAAGGCCCUGCUGCCUGCAGAGCAGGAGUCCAGGUCUGUGGACUGGCCGACCUUCCUGCGGCAGAGUAUCAUCUACAUCCUGGCCGCUCGCCCCAAUAGUGCGGCCAUUCACCUAAAGCCCCCGGGAUAGUGUGGAACAGAGAGCCGUGGUUCAAGGACAGUGGCUUCCUCUCCCUCCUUUCCUUUCUGCCUCUCCUCCACCAACCUCUGACACCAAGACUCACGGGGAUGGAGCACUGCCAAUAUCUUAAUUUCUCAUUAAGCAUCGUGGCACGGAAGUCACCAUUCCCCCUACCGCAGAAGCAGUAAGUGCACUGCCACCGGGAAAAGGCCCGAGAGUUGUGGCAGCACCCACUCCACUCCCGGACCAACCCCACUCUCACAUCAGAGACCAAACUUGCCACCACAUGCUCACAUGUGCAUGUGCGCACACAUGCCUGGCUGUCCACGCCUGUAGAAGCCUGGUUCUUUAUAGCUGAAAAGGACCAAAGUCCUUUUGUGGAAAAAAAAAAAAAAUAACCCAGGCAGAUGAGGUGGUCUCUGCUCAGCUCUUCUGUUGCUCAGUUCUGACUUCCAGUAGACAAGACUCUGAUGAUUGCUUCUUCAGAAGGAAGCCUGUCAGCCUCACCUUGUCUCCUGGAAAUGCUGAGAGGCCUCUCCUGCCCACACUGAGGGCCCCCUCAGCAGUGAGCUACUGGGUGUCUGCUGUAUUCCUCAAGUGUGCGGGGUGGGAAACGGAAGUCAACAGUGCAGGCGGUUUAUUCCUCACCUGUUAUUUAUUCAAAUUUUGAUUCCCUAUGACAGAGAAAGAAGCUAGCUUAUGAAAUGCUGACCCGCAAUGGGGAGGCAACCUGUCCCAGAGACCCAGGUUCUAGGAACCUCUCAGCCAAGUCAUCCAAGCCACAAGUCUUCAGCAAAGUAGCCAAAAACCAGGGUGAACCUUCCUGGUCCCUGUUUCCCAGAUGGUAGCUCAUGUCCCCAAGCCCAAACAACCUGAAUGGAACAAAUAAUGUUGGCAGACGUCCACGCCCUCUUGAGUUAGACUUCAACCCGAGUCCACUACCACAGAGACCAGUGAGAACAAGCUGUGCAUGGAAGAGAAGCGGAGAGGACUCCGGUUCCUCCACCAUUCCAGGUCAGCCACAGACCUAGAAAAGUAUGCCAUUGUGCAGAGAAGAAAUCCAGCUUCCACAUCGCAAGACAGAGCAGCUCUGAGGGCCCUGAGCAGGGAUCGAGUUCAGCCAUAACAGGAAGGGCGGGAAACAUCUGGGCGUCUGAAGAAGGUCUCAUCUCACUGCCUCAAGCACAAAAGGUCCCAGGGAAAUCACCUAGAAGAAUCUAGCCCUCCCCCAUCACCGUGAGGCCUCAUUCGCUGCUUCUCCCUGUUCACUGCAUGGCCUCACUCUCCAGCCCAGGGCCUGGGCCGGACGUGAGGGACGUUAGGGGCACCACUGGUGCCAAGCUUGGCCUGUGAGCACCUUCUUCCCAAGUUUCCAUCAGAUUCUCAACUUGGUGUAUUAGGGGUCAGCCCUGGCCCAGGGCUCCAGGUUCUGUGUUUUUGUUUCCAGCACGUGACUUAGUCAGAUACAGGCAGGUAGGACUACCAAGAAUUAUUCAGGCGGGACCUGAGCUCAGCCACACAGAGGCCAGUGUGUCUCCAUUGAGUGAGGCCUGCAUACUUACAGAAGGACAUAACCUCAGAGAAGAGGGAGGAGCUAUGGCCAGAGGCUGGAAAGAGCCCUCUGUGCGCUCUUUCUGUAAGAGUGGCAUAGGGAGGAUGAUAGACUGUGCAGAAGAGAUUAUUCAGGACUGAAAUGAAAUGGGAGGCACGUGUGCAUUCAUAUGUAUGGUUCUGAACAUUUCAAAACCCAUGGCUUCUCCUUAGCCGUAUUCACAGGACAGAUCAGUAAGAGAGUCCAUUCUUCAGUUUAUAAUUUACAAAAAAGGAAAGAAAGCAUACUCUUGAGCCUAAGCACUGCGUCUGAAGCAGCCAGGCCUGAGGUGGUACAUGGAGAAGGUUGAAACAUUAAACACAGGCUUCUUGCUUACCAGCAGCUGUGGGCCGCUGUAUCUCAGAGACGGUAGAUUUUGAGUAGAAACAAGAUCAGAGUUUUGAGAGCUGAACAGCUUUGUUUUUUUCUCCUGCCAUUUUCCUAAUCACAGGGACUGGAAGGCCCUCAUCUUGAUCCUUAAUCUUUCACAGAUCAAGGCGAUGCCUACCACUCUGGAGCUGCUGCUGCUGGCUCUGUGUGGGUGAGUGGUAAGAGACCAUCGGUCAGACCAGGCUGGCUGUGUCCCAGGAUCUGCAGAGUAGGCCCGAGUCCUUCCAUGGUGGGAGCAGACCCACGGAGGGUCACUCUUUUCUCUGUCUCAGGGCAGCAAGUUUCCUUGAUGGGGAUUCUGCUGUAGAGGGCCCAGAGGACACUGUGCCCAGAAAAUCAGAGAGUUCCCAGUUCCCUGUGGAAAAGCACACAGGCAGCCAGCCUUUUCUGUGUAAGCAUCCAGCUUUUUACCAAAGGGAGGAUCCACUGCUCCCCAGUCCAGAGUUUCAGAGCCCCCAGCCCAAAUCCUGCAGUGCCCUAAUCCCUAGAGCUCCAUGCAGUAUGUGUAGAGAUACCCAAACUUCCAUCGACCCAUGAAGCCCAUUCCCUUUUCCAGCCCUUCCAUCACUGUGACUGAAAUUCUGCCCGAUACAAAACUUAAUGUCUGCCCCUUAAGGGUAUAAAAAUAUUUCAAUGUUUUUUACUCUUGGCUACCUAAAAUUGAGAUCAGUGCUUUUCCCAUCCCAAAUCCCAACCAUGAGAGGCUUGGGUUGUGAUUUACUCCUCUGAAGACCACUUCCCCUAAACCUGUUUUCACCCUGAAGACCUCCAUGCUCAGAUUUAAAUGAAGGGGCGUCUAAGCGACAGUGUGGGGCUGCAGGAUAGAUGGUUACUGAAGGAGUGGCUCUGGCCGCACAGUCCCCCCAGGCCUGCGCCUUGGCUUCCGUCCCUUGGCAGCCCUUCCUAGCAAAACGUUUGAGCAGUGACUCCUGUGGUACCCCAAGGAGGGAGCAUUUCUAACUCCUGGGUACUGGUACAAUUCUCAAGUGCUCUUCGAGGACAGCUGCAGCAGAAGCCAUGAAUAUGUUGCCUCUUCCUGUGACCCAGGAAAUGGACUGAGAGGGAAGAUGCCCACCUUUCGGGCCCUGGUGCACCCUAUGCAAUGUCACCCUAGCUGUAUCUGAGUGGCCAGGGAUAACGGUUCCCCUGUUUCUGUACUAGUAUGGGAAGCCCAUAGACUGCCUGAGAAGAGGGCUCCUCGCCAACCAAUGAGCCCCAGAGUUGUUACCAGUGACUUUUAACCCAAAGCACAACUUCAACCAUUGCAAGCACCAAGAAUUUGGUAAGAAUGGGUCAGGAAGCCCCAAAUCUCAAAAGGUUCAACAGAACAGCUAGGCCAACCAGGACACCCCAGAGCCAAAAGGAACCUCUAGGCAGGACUGAGAACUGGCGGCAGGCUCUCUGAGUUCCGGCAAGCAUGUGUACUUCAGACCUGCAGGAUAAGGGCAGAGGCACACUGGAGUCCGGCAUUGCUUAACAGUGAGCACACAUCCUGUGAACCGUGUCCCUGUGGCUUCUCUGUAGUAUGAACAUUGUAAGGCACUGCUACAGGACAUGACGAGGUCAGACAGUCCUCCGGGACCACGUAGUGCACUUUUGGUGGGAUUUGAUCAUUACAUACUGCAUGACUGAUCUGUACUUGGCACUAAAAUCUCGAUAAACCUUGAUGGUAGAAUUUCAAGGACAUUCUUUCAGUGUCUGUAACCAUCCCUUUUUAUCCUCCCUAUUUACAGGGGGCCAGAAUUGCUAUUCUCUUGCCACUUCGUUUGAGUUUGCUAAUAUAUCUCUGGUCCCCCAGCUGCAACCCAGACAACAGAAAUCUUGAGUGGGCACCUCGAGUGCAUCACGCCUGUUCCCAACAGCUCAACCCUGGAGUGGAGUGGGGCUGGGCAAUUUCCCUGCUGUUGCUUUCCUGCUGCCCCUAUUUUUGGCAACCUUAAAAGGAAAAGAAAAUGAAUAGAUUACAGAAUUUCCAUUAGAUGCAACCAGCACUCAGGAAAAGCUGUCUCUCUCUAGGCCACCUGCCCUAGACACAGAGGGGGUCAAGUCUCACUUGGACUCACAAUUAAGGAGCCAAAUCACAUUCCAGUUUGUAUAGCACUGGAUUGGCCUUUCUAUAUCCAUUAUGGCAAAGGCCUGCAAGCUUCCCUCCCACUGUUAAGGGAUGGCCAUGAUCUGUCUCCCGACUAAACACAAGAAGGGGAGCACUUGGGUAACAGUGGAGGAUCUGACACCCCUAAUCCCUCAUGCCCUUUCUGUGCACUUUCUGCAGAAGCUAACUUGACAGCUGAGGAGAACAUCCCCAAGCCCUGUCUUCCCGUCUGUAGCUGCAUGCGCCUCCCUCUGCCCCAGCCUUCAUGGCACUCCCAAGAAGAGCUCCCAGAGCACAACAGAAACCAUAAUAAAGAUUGUGACACUA